GUGUACCUGCUGGGCGUUCGUGUUGUUGGCAAUGGCUGAGGCGUCCCCUUGAAUACAAGGAAGUGUACGCGAACACCAAUGAGUGAGUGAUCGAUUGGGGGUGACGGCUUUACUUUUUGCGGCCCCCCGGCCUGGCGUAGACCAUCCCGUUUGAAGUAUUGUGACAAAUCCGUGAAAAAGAAGAAGACAACCUUCCGAGGGAUGCUGGGGCACAACCUUAAAUUCAGGGAGUUUCUCUGGAUUCAGAAUCAAUCCCGAGCUGUCCACUGUCCACUGAGUCAGAAUGGCGUUGAACACGUAGAAUGCACCGAAGAUAUCACGCUGCAUCCCAGGGCCGAGUCGGCGGAGAGUCCGGCAGGAAAAGAGACAAACAACGAGAGAAUUCCAGAAUCUAAAGCAAGCCCUAAGCAACUGAACUCAGAGGGGGAAACCACAAGGCCCGGACAUGUGAAGCUGACAAAGCCCGUUGCUCUGUGGACCCAGCAGGAUGUCUGCAAAUGGCUGAAGAAGCACUGUCCAAACCAGUAUCAAGUCUAUAGUGAGUCCUUCAAGCAACACGACAUCACAGGUCGCGCUUUGAUGAGGCUUACAGAUAAAAAGCUUGAAAGAAUGGGAAUCGUUCAAGAAAGCCAUAGGCAAUACAUCCUGCAGCAAGUUCUCCAGCUGAAAGUGCGAGAAGAAGUUCGGAAUCUGCAGCUGCUCACACAAGGUGAACCAGGAAUCUGUGGGGAACAUUUGGUUUUCAAGUUGUUAUUCUGUGGUCCAGUGAUUCCUGCUGGGAAAUGGUGAAGCAGCCCCCCUGAAAGGUUUCCAGAAGCCGGAGGAGCAUGAGACUUGGACGCCGGAGCCCAGCCUGGAUGGGACGCCAGCCCCGGCCGUGCACAAUCACGCACACACCCGCGCCCCACCAUGCUGGCCAGUUAGGACAUUUUAGGCAAGGCUUUGGGGUUUGGAGUGAAUGCUGCGGAUCUUUUGUAAUCGCUUAACACUGUAUAGACCCCCACAACCCUGACCUCCAUGAAGCGGGUGAGAGAAUAUAUGAACUGUAUGUAUGUAUAUGUUAUAACGGAAAAUACAAUCACAAAAAUAAAACCGAUAAAAUGACGUCAA